UGCCAGGCCUUUAUUUAGUAGACAAUCUCAAGAUCAUGUGACAGUGACCAACUUUAUCCUGUGACUUCAAGUCGAGAAGAGUACCAUCAACAAAUCAGAAUGACCGAAUUCUGGUUGAUUUCUGCUCCUGGAGAUAAAACUUGCCAGCAGACUUUUGACAAACUGAAUGAUGUACUUCACCAUCAAAACAAUUUGUCCACAAACUGGAAGUUUGCAGUUCCUGAUUUGAAAGUUGGAACUCUAGAUCAGUUGGUAGGUCUUUCUGAUGAUUUGGGUAAGCUUGAUGUUUAUGUAGAACAAGUAAGCCGAAAAAUUGCCCUGUAUUUGGGUGAAGUAUUGGAAGAUCAAAGAGACAAGUUGGCUGAGAACUUGCUUGCCAAUGGAGUGGAUUUGGUUACUUACCUAACUAGAUUUCAAUGGGAUAUGGCCAAGUAUCCAAUCAAGCAAUCCCUUCGCAAUAUUGCAGAUAUAAUCAGCAAGCAAGUAGGACAGAUUGAGACUGAUCUGAAAUCAAAAUCAUCUGCGUAUAAUAACCUUAAAGGAAACUUGCAGAGUUUGGAGAAGAAACAAGUUGGAAGUUUAGUUACCCGAAACCUGGGAGAACUGGUGAAAAAGGAACACUUUGUUUUGGAUUCUGAAUAUCUAGUUACACUAUUGGUCAUUAUUCCCAAGGCCAUACUACAAGAUUGGUGGGACAAAUAUGAAAAACUUACCGCAAUGGUCGUCCCACGCUCAUCCCAACUGGUGACUCAAGAUGGUGAAAAUGCUUUGGUCACUGUUACUCUCUUCCGAAAGGUGGUGGACGAAUUCAAACAUCAUGCCCGCGAGCACAAGUUUAUCGUUCGCGAUUUUACCUAUAAUGAAGAAGAGCUAGCCGCUGGAAAGAAUGAAAUCACCAAGCUUGCCACGGAUAAAAAGAAGCAGUUCGGCCCAUUAGUGAGGUGGUUGAAGGUGAAUUUCAGCGAAGGAUUUACCGCUUGGGUACAUGUAAAGGCUCUGCGAGUUUUUGUAGAAUCAGUGCUACGUUAUGGGCUACCGGUAAACUUCCAAGCGAUGUUGCUGCAACCAAAUAAAAAAUCGACCAAACGUUUACGUGAAGUGCUCAGCCAGUUAUACCUUCACUUGGAUAACUCUGCCCUUCAAAGCGCGCAUGAUAAUGUCGACAUUCCUGGUUUAGUUUUCGGUCAAGCGGAGUAUUAUCCCUACGUCUAUUACAAAAUCAACAUAGACAUGAUAGACCUCCCGGGAAAAAUCUAAGCCACCUACUUCCAGCCAAAAGUGGAAGCUAUUUAGCGUUUUCUCUCUUUAAGAUGAAUUUAUGUCUAGCUAACAUUCCUCUUUCACUCCUUUUAAAAUGGUGUUCUAUACUGAUAAGGAUGGUUUUUUCCCGAUGUGCAUGUGUAUAGUCAACCAGUAAUAAAACCCGAAAAACGUUUAAGUUCUCAA